GCUCGAUUGCCAAAAUGGAUCUCCCUGUCAUCCGAAUCCUGAGUCUUUGAGGUGUAGAUGCUCCAGGCGCAGCGGGGCCCGGCCUCUGUAUCGGAGCGGGACGAGGCUGCUCCCACCUGGGCCACGGUACACCACUGAAACACCGGCUCGUGGUCAGAUCUGCUCAGAUUAGAAAACGGGACGAAGCUCAGAGGCCAUUUUGUGAAGUGAAGCUGAGUGAAGCAGAGGAGGAGGAGUAGUCGCAGUGGGGAUAUUUUCGUCUGCUUCCCGCCCUCUGAACUGCACUGCGAUGACGACUGCAGUUCACCCCAGUGAACUGGUGUUUGAGUUUGCCAGCAACGGGAUGGAUGAAAUGAAUCAGCUGGAUGACCCGUCCGUAUUUCCAGCUGUGAUUGUGGAGCAGGUGCCCACAACGGAUCUGUUGCAGGUCUACUCGGGCCUCGAGUCCGAUGAGGUGACGAACGGUAUCAUGGUGGACACGACUCUUCACGUGGUGGAGGAACCAUCCAUGCUGCCAGGAGGAGUGGACCUCACCGAAACAACAGUUCCGGGUGCAGAAGGCAAUAUAGAGACAAAUGAAGCUGCAGCUGCUCUGCUAAACAUGGAGUCUCCCAACAAUAUUUUGGAUGAGAAGCGUAUGAUCCACACCUUCAACCCUCUGCUGGAGUCAGACAUGACCUACGCACCACUGAGGCCUGACCAAAUGGACACGGUUGCCCUUGAUGUGUCCCUAGACGAGGACACGUCCUCCAUGGAUGAGAUUCCUCAAAGGUGUCCUUUAAAACCUCAGAAAAAAACCAAAGUGCGAAAGCCCCGGGCGGUGCGUUCCUGCUCUCCUAUCAGCACCCCUAACCUGCCUCUCAGGAAGAAGAGCAAAGAGGGCAAAGGCAACACCAUCUACCUGUGGGAAUUCCUUUUGGCUUUGCUGCAAGAUAAAAACACCUGUCCCAAAUACAUCAAAUGGACGCAGCGCGAAAAAGGCAUCUUUAAGCUGGUGGACUCCAAGGCUGUUUCAAAGCUUUGGGGCAAACACAAGAACAAGCCUGACAUGAACUAUGAGACCAUGGGGAGGGCUCUCAGGUACUACUAUCAGAGAGGUAUCCUGGCUAAAGUGGAGGGGCAGCGGCUGGUCUAUCAGUUUAAGGAGAUGCCAUCCGAUCUGGUGGUGAUUGACGACGAAGACGCAGGUUCUGACGCCUGCGAGAACCAGAGAUCUUCCAACGGGAGGUCUGUGGCUCGUGGAGGGUCGAAAGGCCACGGAAGGGCUCAUGGUGGACACCAAGUCUCAGUGAAGCACAUGAAGAAAGAGCCCAUCGAUGAAAGGCUGUACCAGGACGUUGACUGUGGACAGGCUGAGCAGCUCCUCCAUUCUGUUCAUGUUUUACAUGAAAAUCAUUUAUCGUGUGUUCAAGAUGCAGCACAAGCUAUGAGGACUAUCGGCACGCCUGUAUCGGUACCUAUGGUGCUGACAUCCACUGGCUCUCUGCAGUCUGUUCCCCUCACAACUGUUCUGGCUAACGGGGACUCCAGCCACUCCUCCCCUCCUCGGGUUAUCCUCCACACCAUCCCCUCCGCAGGUGGUAAAGAUGUGCUAACCAUUCAGACGGCCUCUUUAGCAGGUGGAGCCGGCAGCCUGCAGGACGGCCUCCCGCAGCAGCUUCUGGUCACCAGUCUGGGCUCCUGCGCCAUCUCCUCCUCUGCAACCUCCUGUACUUCCCCUCCAGGAGUCAUUAGUUCCGCCACCUCCAGCCUCAACGGCCUCCCCCGUCUCGUCACCAUCAACACAACCAACGGGCAGACCAUGGUGGCGCAGCAGCCUGGCACUGUAAUUGCCACCGUGCUGAAAUCCAGCGACCUCUCUGGGCUGCAUGUGAAAGAGGAGAUGCUGGACACCAGCUACUUUCAGUCGAUAGUGAACGGCGAUCCGUCGCUGGCAGCGCACAUGUUCGACAAGGAAGAGAUGGAGGUGGGAGAGGCAGAGCUGCAAUACAGGACUGUGAUCAUUGAUACCAGUCAAAGCCAUGGCCAAGGGUCUGCACAGGAAACUAUAAUAAAUGGACAUUACUCCCAGAGCAGCAGCCCCGGUGAGGGGCUGACCCCCGUAGAGGAGCUGGAGGUGCGUGGGGAGAUGUCCCUGCAGCCAGAGCAGGGAAUCAAAGGCCUGCAGGAGCUGCCGCUGUCUGUUCAAUUGCCUGCAAACUUUAUCCAGAUUAAACCUGAACCUGCAGAAGCUUAGAGCUACAGGACUCUUCCACAUAAGCUGAACCAAAAAAAACAAGAAAACAGCUGAAAUUAUGGUAAAAACUUUUGCCUUCUACCGCAAAGGUCUGAUCAAGCAUCAGAAGUGAGGGAUGUUGCUCUUAAAGUUGGGCAGUUCAGCUUCAGGAUUUAUUGUUUUUUGACAUGUUUUGUGACCACGUGCCUAAUUUCAAAAAUCUAGAGAGUACUGUUUUUUUUUUUUUUAAGAUUUGGACACGAGUCCCAACACAAGGACAAAAUGCUUUCUCUUUAUAGGAGAACAGCUGUUGGAUAAACCUGGAAAUUCUGUCUACCAAAUGUGCCAGUUAAUUAUUUUUUACUUUACAUCUCAUAUGUUGGACUCGUUAAACGUUAACGGAGAGCACCACAAACCAAAAAGCGAGGCCUGAAUGCCAAACGGUUCUGAUGUCUGAACGUGUAUGCAGUGUGCAAGUUUCUGAGGGUUGGAUCUGUGUCAGGACCGUGUCCAGUCUGACAAAAACAUCUCAGAGUUUAAUAGAAGAGUGCCUUAAAAGAAGCCCAGACCGCUCAAGACUGUUAGAAGUGUUUGUGAAAAGAAUGAAAUAGAUUUUUUUUUAAACAUGCAAGUACUUAAUAUUCAUUUAUUUUGAUAUAAGCAGAGUAGGUGUGCAUAUAUUCUCCAUUAGCGUUUGCCUUUAAACACUGUGUUACUAUGGAAAUGGGCAUUUUCCCAUCCACCAAGGACAAUGUAACAUCAAAACUGUUUGAACAGAGCUGCAGACUGGAGACGGCAAAAUAGGGAGGAACAAAUGAAGAGACAGAAUAUGCCGAGUAAAACUGAUUUUUAUCAGUUUUUCCUGUCUCUGAGACGCCGAGGUUAAAAAUCCUGUUUAUAUGAAAUAGAAUAUAUCUGAAUCUAUAAUUAUAUAUACUGUAUGUAUGCAAAUGAAAUGCAGUUGAGAUAAAAAAUUUUAAGCCCACAACACAUUUAUUUAUUUUGUGAAUUCCUAAAUUCUGUAAAAAAAAAAAAAAAAUUAAAAAAAGGCACAUUUGUUUUCUAUUUAGUUGUAUAAACCUGAGGGAAGAUAAAAAGAAUAUGAAACAGGAAGCUUAUCUAGUUUAUUUCUCUGUAAGAUUGACCAUUUUCUAUUCGUGUUGCAUUCCAUAUACUCAGCUUUGUUUUUAUUUUUUAUUUUAUUUUGGACUUGAAUCCUCAG